UGCGCCCGUCGUGCUCUCCUGGCUGCGCAUGCGCAGUAUGAAUAGAGAAGCGGCACGCGAGGCCUAGCAGCAACAAACUGUUCUUCUGUCUUAUUUUCUCAAUGUCCUCUUCAUUUAAAUAAUAUCUUGAAUCCGAGGGGAAACAACAAACCAAACGAAUAUGGAGAUCGGAACUGAAAUCAGCAAGAAAAUAAGGACUGCUAUCAAAGGAAAGUUGCAAGAGCUCGGCGCUUAUGUGGACGAGGAGCUUCCGGAUUACAUCAUGGUCAUGGUGGCCAAUAAGAAGAACCCAAAGCAGAUGGCAGACGACCUGUCCUUGUUUCUAGGCAACAAUACAAUCAAGUUCACCGUAUGGCUACAUGGUGUUCUGGACAAGCUCAGAUCGGUUGCAGUUGAGCCCACAUCUCUCCCUCCAUCCGUUCUGCUCUCAGAGACCAGCAUCCCAGCAGAAAACAACAGGAGGGGGGCGGAGCCUUGUGCUCUGGCUGUUUCCAGCUCACGUUCUGAUAAGCUGGAGGGGCGUGUCUCAAGCUCCGCCCACGAGAACAGCACCAGGUAUUUAAUUCCCAAGAGUGGAUCUUCUGAAAGACCCUCCAGACUCACUUCCACUGUCAAACCGCUGAUGGAGGAGUCGUCAGAAGCUGUGAUUGACAUCAAGCCUGAUCUGGACGAUGACCUCAUUGGCUACGACUCCCUGGAGCAGAGCUUGACCUCUCAGGCUUUAUACAGCCGCUCGACUGCGAACAGGCCAAGGUCAGCGCUGGAGUCUUCGAGACAAACUGCGGACACUUACAGGUCCUCAGAUGUCACGAGAGGUCAGGAAAGGUCGGGAUCCAGCCGGAGCUACAGGAGCUCAGCGGAGAGCAGCAGGGAAUUGUCCCGGAAACGAAAGGCAACAGCUCUUUCUCCUGCAGAUAGAGAGUUAGAUGAGGUCGAGGACAUGAACGUAGAGCCGGUUCAGGCUACACGACAGAAACUUCCAGAACGCUGCAAGUUUUGGCCUGCGUGCAAGAGUGGAGACGAGUGUCUGUACCAUCACCCCAACACACAGUGCAAAAUGUUUCCCAACUGCAAAUUUGGCAACAAGUGUCUGUUCAUUCAUCCAAACUGUAAGUUUGAUGCCAAGUGCUCCAAGGUGGACUGUCCAUUCACACACGUCAGCCGCAGACUCAACAGCAACCCUACAAGAGCAGAUCCGGCUCCAGCCAGCACCGUGUGCCAUUUCUUCCCAGAGUGUAAAAAGCCGGACUGUCCGUUUUACCACCCCAAACCGUGUAGAUUUGCGGCUCAGUGCAAGCGAGAGGGCUGUACUUUCUACCAUCCAGCUGUGGCAGUGCCACCCAGAAGUGCUCUGAAAUGGACCAAAACACAGAGCAGGUAG